GUUUAUCAGGAGGCGUCAAGCUCGAGAGUCGUUUAUUCUGAGGAGGAUUUCACACUUGCUCGCACAGUUUCGCGGUGAUAUUAUUAUGGUCAGUGGAAGCAUGUGAAGCUGUUAUAUUCAAGGAAUGGAUCUUAAAAGGUGUCCAAAAACUACAGGUUUCCCUGGUGAAUAAUUACUGCUGAACACUGCCAAAAUGGACACGGAAUGGACGUUCAUGCCCAAUUCCAACAUGUCCCUCCCUGACCGCCUGCUCAAUGAUAGUUUCUUCCCCGGAAACGAGUCUGACUUUGGUCUGGAGAUUUACCCUCACAACAGCACCAACCCUGGCUUUGACCAAACCAGUUCUGUUGUCAUCACCUUCGUGUACUUCGUCGUGUGCGCGGUGGGGCUCUGUGGGAACGCCCUGGUCAUGUACGUCAUCCUGCGCUACGCCAAGAUGAAGACCGUCACGAACAUCUACAUUCUGAACCUGGCCGUGGCGGAUGUCCUGUGCAUGCUGAGCUUGCCUUUCAUCGCCAUUCAGCUCUCGCUGCUCCACUGGCCCUUUGGAUCGGCGAUAUGCCGCGUCGUCCUAACCUUGGACUCCAUGAACCAGUUCACCAGCAUCUUCUUUCUGACGGUCAUGAGCUUCGAUCGAUACCUGGCCGUGGUGCAUCCCAUCAAAUCCACCAAAUGGCGAAAGCCGCGCAUGGCCAAAACCAUCAGCCUGGCCAUGUGGGUCAUCUCUCUGCUGGUCAACCUGCCGAUUAUGAUCUACAGCGGAGUGAACGUUAAAAAGAACGAGGCGAGGACUUGUACCAUGUUGUGGCCAGAGCCACAGAACACCUACUACACCGUUUUCAUCUUCUACACCUUCUUCAUGGGGUUUUUCUUACCGCUGAUAGUCAUCUCCAUGUGCUACCUGCUCAUCGUCAUAAAGGUGAAAUCCUCCGGCAUGCGAGUCUGCUCCAGCAAACGAAAGCGCUCGGAGCGGAAAGUCACCCGUAUGGUGUCUAUCGUAGUAGUGGUGUUCGUCUUAUGCUGGCUACCUUUCUACGUCUUCAACGUGACCUCUGUGACCGGAACCGUUCCCACCACACCUGUGCUGAAGAGCACCUUUGACUUCGUGGUGGUGCUGGGAUACGCCAACAGCUGCGCCAACCCCAUCCUCUACGCCUUCUUGUCAGACAACUUCAAGAAGAGCUUCCAAAAUGUCCUGUGUCUUAAGAGAGUCGGGGGCUUGGACGAGAUCGAGCGCAGCGACAGUCGACAGGACAGGACUCGGAUGGUCAACGACGUCAUGACGGAAACGCACAACGCCGCGCUGCUCAACGGAGACCUUCAGACCAGCAUCUGAAGAGGAGAUAAACAUCUGCUGAGAUUAGAUGCGACAUGAAAACCAUCUGCGUUGGGAGAGAUUUAGUAUUUAAGACCAACGAUACAGAUGCAACCCAAACGUCUUAAAAAAUGCAUUUGCAUGAACUUGAUCUGACUUGUCUCGUGUAUUUAAGCGAUGA